AUGCAAAAGAACAAGGACAAUGAAAAGCAAUUAACAGAAAGCCAGAAAGAAGCUGGUGCACUAUUGUUUAAAAAACUCCUGUCAGACCGUAAUAAAACACUGGAUGAAUUGCAACAAACACAAUCCAACUUGCAAAAGAAUAUACCCAAAAUUGUCAAAAAGCCCAAUACACCUCGAGCAGCUGUAGCAUUUUCUUUACUAGAAGAUUUAAUUGAUGAAUGUAUCCAUGAUGUAUUAUUUGAUGUGCAUCGAGACAUUAAGCAAGAAAACUCCACUUGUCAAAUCUGCCAAACAAAGUGCAAACAUUAUGUCAAGAAACCUGGAUUUGAUGUGUGGGGCAAGAGUUAUACAGUCAACAACCUGCCAUCUUAUGAAUGCGUUAAUUGUCAAAAGACCAUUGCGUCUACUCGAUAUGCACCUCAUUUAGAGAAAUGUUUAGGGCUAAGUGGAAGACAAUCAAGUAGAGUUGCAAGCAGACGGAUGGGUGGAUCCUCACCUUCAUUUUCAUCAGAUGACAACACUGGCACUGCUAGUCCUGAUAGCGAUGCUUUCGAUCGUGGCAAUAGCAAAAAGAAGAAGCAAUUUUCGUCCUCCUCUUUCUCAAAUGGCGUCUCGAGAGUAAAGAAAUUGAAAUAUAUGGAAUAA